AUGAGAGCAAGUGAAACGAAGACAGAAAGAGGAGCAACACCAUUAAAACAGAUGCUGAAGAGAUGCUCAAGUUUCUUGAAGAAAGGCAAAGAAGACGUGCCCAGGAAGGGACACUUCGCUGUCUACGUGGGACAAUACAGAGAACGCCACGUGAUCCCAAUCACAUUCCUUAAUCAUCCAACGUUCCAGAUGAUGCUGCAAGAAGCGGAGGAAGAGUUCGGGUUUAGGCAUGAGAGAGGCCUCACCAUUCCUUGCGACCAAAACCUCUUUCUUUCUCUCUUAGACUCCAUCACAUCUCACUAUUAG